AUGGAAAAUGUCACCUCUCACGCGUUAUUUCACCUUGGAUUGAAAAAAUUCCCAGAUUCUAUAAAAAGAGAAAUGCAAACAUUUGCUCGUGGAACAAGAGUCUACCUGAACCACCACAUCAUCAUCAUCAUCAUCGUCUUCUUCUUAUUCUCAUCGAUCGUCAUGGCUGAAUCUACCGGAGAAGCAACGGUAUCGUCUGAAGCAAAGGUUCACAUCAUCUACACCGAGAAACCCACCGAUGAAGAACCUAAAACCUAUCAUCUCCGUACCCUUUCCUCUGCUCUCGGCAGUGAGGAAGCUGCAAAAGAUGCUUUGAUUUACAGUUACAAGGAAGCUGCUUCUGGUUUUUCAGCUAAGCUCACACCUGAGCAAGUCACCGAGAUAUCAAAACAACCAGGUGUGAUUCAAGUUGUGCCAAGCCAGACUUAUCAGCUGCACAAACCUGGUGGUGGUGGUGGUGGUUUCAAGUUGACCUAACUUGACUUUGUGUAUUCUCAACUUCUGAACUAAAACCUGUUGUUUUUACAGAAACUAGUCUGUUGUUGUAAUGUUGUGACUUUGAAGUAUCUAACUAAAAUAAUGUCAUGAAGUUGCUUUGAUUUGAGUUGUUCUGUGUUGUUGAGAAA